AUGUCGUUAACAAAUUGCCGAUUUUACGAGGAGAAAUAUCCGGAGAUUGACAGCUUCGUGAUGGUCAAUGUCAAGCAGAUCGCCGAGAUGGGAGCCUACGUCAAGCUUCUUGAGUACGACAAUAUUGACGGCAUGAUUCUUCUCUCCGAACUGUCCCGAAGACGUAUCCGAAGUAUCCAGAAGCUCAUCCGAGUGGGACGAAAUGAGGUUGUGGUGGUGCUGAGAGUAGACAAGGAGAAGGGAUAUAUUGAUCUCUCAAAGCGACGAGUGUCUCCCGAGGACAUCGUCAAGUGCGAAGAGCGAUACAACAAGAGCAAGAUGGUCCACUCCAUCAUGCGACACGUCGCCGAGAAGACCAACACCCCCAUCGAGACCCUAUACGAGACUAUUGCGUGGCCACUGAACCGCAAGUUCGGCCACGCGAUCGAUGCAUUCAAACUUUCCAUCACCAAUGUGGAAGUCUGGAACGACAUCACUUUCCCCAGCCAGCCUGUCUCUGACGAGCUGAAGCUCUACAUCAGCAAGCGACUCACACCCCAGCCCACCAAGGUUCGUGCUGAUAUCGAAGUCACAUGCUUCGGCUAUGAGGGUAUCGACGCCGUCAAGACUGCCCUCCGCAAGGCCGAGGAGAAGAACACCGAAGAGACUCAGGUCAAGGUCAAGCUGGUAUCCCCCCCUCUCUACGUCUUGACCAACACCUGCCUGGACAAGAGCUUGGGUAUCAGCCGCCUAGAAGAGGCUAUUGUCGAUAUCCGCACAAACAUCGAGGCUGCCGGAGGCAACCUCAUCGUCAAGAUGGAGCCCAAGGCCGUUACUGAGAGCGAUGACGCCGAGCUCCAGGCCCUCAUGGAGAAGAGGGAGCGGGAGAACGCGGAGGUCAGCGGUGACGAGAGUGUCUCUGACAGCGACGAGAACAUUCCCGACACAAUCUGA